AAAAGAAAGCUUAUUUUUUUGAAGCCCAAAGGGAUAAAAAGGGUCAUCACCCGCAAAGGCGUGGCAGAAAAUAACCUUACCCAACUGAAAGACAAGUCUCCUUGAUACCCCUUUUGGCUUUCUCAAUCUCACAUCUCCUACCAUACCACACCACUCACAAAGUCCCAUGUAAACAUAUCAUCAUCAUCUGAAACAAGAGAGAGGAGGGGAUAGAUGAAAGAAGAAGAUCAAGGAGAGUGUUCUAAAUCUUUCCAGAACAUGCAGGGAUACCAAGAACAGUUUUUUCUUCAUCAACAACACCAACAGAUGCAGCAGCAACACCAAAACAGUGAUUUAUUUAGGGAAGGAUUGAUUUUCCCUGAAGUCUCACCAAUCUUACCGUGGUCCCUCCCUCCGGUUCACAACUUCAAUCCUCACCACUUUGCCGGAAAUCAGGUCCAUGAUCAUGAUCCUUUUCUUGUCCCUCCCCAGCCGCCGCCACCAUAUGGCGGUUUCAUCAACAGGAGAGCUCCCGGCCUACACUUUGAUUACGAGGGUCCAUCAACGGAUCAUCUGAGGAUACUCUCGGAGACUCUCGGACCGGUGGUUCAACCCGGUUCAGCUCCGUUCGGCCUCCAAGCUGAGUUAGGUAAGAUGACUCCUCAAGAAAUCAUGGAUGCAAAAGCACUCGCUGCUUCAAAAAGCCACAGUGAAGCUGAGAGGAGGAGAAGAGAGAGAAUCAACAACCAUCUCGCGAAGCUACGCAGCUUGCUUCCCAGCACUACCAAAACGGACAAGGCUUCACUACUAGCAGAAGUGAUUCAACAUGUCAAGGAGCUGAAACGCCAGACUUCUUUGAUAGCGGAAACAAGUCCAGUCCCUACAGAGAUGGACGAGCUCACUGUCGAUGAGGCGGAUGAGGAUGGUAGGUUUGUGAUCAAAGCAUCACUAUGCUGUGAAGACAGGUCUGAUCUCCUUCCUGAGCUGAUCAAAACCCUGAAAGCCUUGCGUCUCAAAACCUUGAAAGCUGAGAUCACGUCGCUUGGUGGCCGUGUAAAGAACGUUCUUUUUAUCACUGGAGAAGAUCAUUCAGGUAACAGCAGUGAGCAACAACAGUAUUCCUUAAGUUCAGUACAAGAAGCAUUGAAAACAGUGAUGGACAAGACUUCCGGUGAAGAGUCUUCUUCAGGAAAUGUUAAAAGACACAGAACCGACAACAUCAGUAUUCUUGAACACAGGUCUCUUUAAUUAAUUCUAAAUUUUAAUAUGUUUUUUUUCUGGGCCUCUUUUUUUUUUUUUUUUUUUUUUUUUUUUUUUUAAUUUUGGGUGUGAGUGGUUUGUGUAUCUGGGACCGUAUAGGUAAUGAUAUAUGGUGUGUUUUUAUGUAAUUAUGUGAUCCCAAGUUAAGAAUAGGAGAUUGAGAAGGAUCAAAUUAAGAAUAGGAGAUUGGGAGGGGGAAGAGAGAGAGCAUGCGGGGUUUUGGUUUAUUAGCAGUGGAAGGAAAAAAGAGUGAAAGGAUCUUUUUCGUGGGAAGAGAAACCUUAGAAAGGAUCCUAACAUUAGGAAAUGUGUGGAAAUCGAUUGCACUCUGUGUUUGGACAAAACCGUGAACUCUGGUCUCUUUUGUUUGUUUUCUAGUGCACCUGUGUUCUGUUCGGUCGCUGUAAUUUAUGAAGAUGAUGAGAAUGGUGACAAUUUUCUUGUCAUGUCUGCACUCUCCCCGCCAUGAUGAGAAUAAGAAUGAGAAUGAGACCAACUUCUGUGCGGUGUGUAGUACUCUUCUCCACCGUACAAUGUUAUUUGAGGCUUCCAGUAUGGGGUUUUAACAUGUGGAAGACAAAAAAGAAAAAGAGAUAAAAGGUCAAAAACCCAAAUGAGGGUGGCAUGUUCCUUUUGCAAUUUAGUUGCAAGAAUAUGUAGUGAUGGUGUGUGUUUUAUGGAAUAUUGUACAAGUGCUGAUCAUUUUGUAUUUGACUUGCUUCUUAAUUAAUUCAUCUUUUUUAU